GCAGUAGUGGCAACAUUUACACUGUGGUGAGUUUGCGACUCUUCCACUGAGCUAUAGCUACACGUGUAUUAAUUUAGGGUAAAUUCAUCUCGGGGAAGAGAUUUUUCACCCGCCAUCCAGCAACCGUGUGAUGCAGGACAUCCCGUCAGACCGUGCCAACAACCUGCGGCUCCCGCGCCAGCGACGCAAGACAUCGGGACACACAGGGGACCCGGCGGACCCAGAGGACCCAGGACCCCCGCACGGGGAUCACAGGGAGGAUCGGGCCCCGCGUCUCCGUCCCCUUGCAGGGGUCCCGAUGGAGCGAGACGAGGACGUGACGCCACCUAAAGACGGGGGGGAGCGCGCCACCGGCUGGGAGACGACUCGAGGCGCCGAGUCCGAAGACGCGCCCUGGGACAGUUUCCGCGUCCUGGUUCGCCUGCGCCCGGGCGACAAGAGCGACGAGACAAAGCGAUGCGUGAAAGUAGAAGGACAGCAUGGAGUUCAAAUCAACACUGGCCGGGGGAACCAGACGCAGGUGCUGGAGUUUGACGCGGUGCUGGACGAGGAUGCCUCGCAGAGGGACGUGUACGAGGCCAUUGCCAAGCCCCUGGCGCGGCGUGUGCUCGACGGGUUCCACGGCUGUGUGGCCACGUACGGCGCGCCCGCCACGGGGAAGACGCACUCGCUCUACGGCACGGGGCUCGGCGGAGGCCGCCAGCGCGGGCUGCUUUCGCGCGCAGCUGAGGACAUCUUCCAGGGGAUACAAAAGUCAAGCGUUGGCUGCACACAUCGGGUCGUCGUUUCCUUCAUUCAGCUGUGGAAUGAGCGACUGUACGACCUUCUGGAUCACCAGCAUACAGACAGAAUCCGAAUCCAUGAGACUGACGAGGCAGUGUCGUUGGAGGGGCUCGUCGAGACGGAGGUGACGUCCGUGGAAGGUUUGCUCAAGGCGUUCAGGAAGGGCAUGACCAAUCGGAGCGCAGGCAUUUCCAAGGGAGAGAUUGGCAGUAGGAGCCACACCAUAUUCUAUAUCACAGUUGUGCAGACUGUGGUCCACACACAACAACAACCGCAGGAAGCGACCAUCAUAACAGGAAGGCUGACACUUGUGGAUCUCGCUGGAUCAGGACGGGUGGUGCGGAGAGGAGCGCUCGGCGACUCGGAGCGCGGGAGGAGGCUGUUCCCGACCUCCGGCGAGGACGAUAUCAACGAUGCUAAGAAUGUCAACCGAUCGCUCACUCUGCUCGCCAACGUCAUCUUUGCUCUGACCACCCCGGGCUGCCAACACAUCCCGUACCGAGAAUCCAAGCUCACGCGCAUUCUCCGCGACUGCCUGGGCGGGAGCUGCUGCACGGCGCUGCUGGUGACACUGAGCGCCGGUGCUCAGGCUGCUCACGAGGCGCACGGCGCCCUGCAGCUCGCCGCUCGCGCACGCACCAUUGCGUGCCGCCCCAUCCGCAACAUCAGCGUGCGGGCGUCAGAAGCAGCAGACAAGAGUGACGCAGAAGGGACAAGCGCCAUCGAACAGGGGCUGAAGAGGCUGUCACCAGCCGGGCAGCACAGCACCAGCUUCCCUCCGAUACACCCGGCUCCAUCUCCACGUCCCUUCGAUCGGACCCGCUCCGCCCAGCCGCCAUCUCUUCUGCCCGACGACUCCGGCAAGGAGCUCCGGGAGCAGCGCGUGACCCUGCCGCAGCUCUCCGAGAGGUCCCCAAAGUCGCCCAAACCCACGGCGUCAGGCGCGGAGGGACGGGGCGGCGGCCUCCCGACCGGUGGCAGGCCGCCCCUCGGCCCCGCCGCGGACGCGUCCGAAGGCGGUAGGGAGCAGCGGCCGCCGGCCAAACUGGAGCGGCUGGUGGCGGCGGAGGUGGAGGGCGCUCAGCUGCCGUCUCAGACCACGCUGGCGAGCGGCCCGUGUUCGAGCUGCCGGCGCGAGCGGCGAAUCCGCGAGGAGUACGACAAGUUCGUCGUGCAGGCGCGGCGCGAGCGGGACGCGCUGCAGCGGCGCGUGGCGGAGCUGGAGCAGGAGCUCCGCUCCCGGGACGUGGCUCCGGGGCGCGGGGACUCCUCACGCGGCGGUGGCGGAGGAGGAGGAGGUGGUGGCGACGCCAAGGUGGAGCUCGGCGCGGAGGAUGACGUCCCGCGUCGCUCGUGGCUCACCGGCGACGGGGAUUGCGCACAGGUCUUCUCCGUCGCGGAGGAGCGAGGCGCGCAGACGAACGGGCGUGGGGCGGAGGAGAGGGGUCCGAAGGCGGCUCUGAUCGCGCCGGAGCGGGGAGAUGACGAUGCACAAGCGAGGAGAGGCUCGAGCGUGGAGCGGCACCAGGGAUGUGAGGAGAAGGCGCAAGCCGCAGAGAAAGCGAUGGCCGCCGCACAGAAAGAGAGAGACUCGCUGCUGGUGGAGGUGGAGGAGCUGACAUCGCAGCUCCAGCGCGAGAGGGACGUGGAUCCGGGCCCGGCGGCAGCAGCCGCAGCAGGAGGAGGAGGAGGGGGCGGGCGACUUGAGAGGGAGCGUCUCUCAGCCGAGCUGGAGGAGCUGCGAGCUCAGCUCGGCAAGGCCCGGGAGCGCGAGCGGCGCAAGCUGGCCACGCUCGAGGGCGAGAAGGAUAGGCUACUGCAGGAGCUGCAGGACUCACGGUCUGAGGCCGGCCAGCUCAGAGGUCAGACGCGACAGCAACAAGUCGACGCCGCACGGGAGAAGGAAAUUCUGCUGGCGGAAAUUGAAAAGCUGAAUGGUCGUCUUCAGAGGCUGGGUGCCGAGGCCGCCCUGCUGAGAGGGACGGUCGAGCGGAUGGAGAGGGCCCCAAACUCGCACCCGUUCAAGCAGCCAUUCCUCGGUCCGGAGACCCAGCUGGGUCAACGAGAUGGGAGUUACAUGGAGGAGGGUGAUUAUCUUGAGGAGCUCAGCCGUGCCCGGGAAGCCCUAAGGCAAACUCGGCGAGAGAGGAACCUGCUGCUGGACGUUAUGAGCAUCAUGUACACGCGCCGCUGGUUCGCGCCAGAGGCCACGGUGCACGUGCGCCGCACCCUGCAGCGCUGCGGCGUGCAUUCUGCGCAGCACGACUGAGAGACGCGGUGAAUCGGUGGCACCGGCCCACCGGGCGACUGGGCACCCGCUCGGUGAUGCGGUCCCAAAGUCCGUCACCACGCUCGCAGUUUAACUUAAGAGCUCCUUCUUCAGUGAGCCCAGCUGAGUGUGCGUAAAGACCCCAUGUGUUGUUGAGUGUCGUGUUAUAUUCGGCAUAAACGAUGAGAAUGGAGGACUUUUGGAAGCAGAGCUGGGGUCGAUUACAGUUGUAAUUGUAUUUGCUGCUGUGGUUAAGAUAAUUGACCACGGGUCUGGUGGGAAGUCUGGAAAAUCUCGAGUUGUGGGUACGGGAAUCCAACGGAUAAAAUCGGUUGGAUGGAUAGACUAAUAGAGCAGGUUCAGGAGGACACAAGUCUAAUUGCAACAAAUCAUAGUGUCAUGACGAUUUCGACGCAAUUGCCUUGAGAUGGGUUCUUUGUUAUGGAGCCACGUGCUCACACUCGGACAGGCGGAGACCCUCCACUGCAACAGCCCCGAGUCUCCCGCGCAUCUCCCUUAUAUACGGUCUGAGGCCACGCCCCCCAUUCCGGAACCUUCUUGCUGGUUCUAGACCGCUCGCUCCACCAGCAGACUCCACCGUCCUCUUCUGUCACCUGGCCACGCUCCUAUUCUCGAUCAUUCCCGUUGCCACCAGUCCAUUCGUACUGCAGCCUGACUCCCCUGUCAUUACCUCCUGUGGCCACUAGUCCACUCACACCGUAUGUUGACGCUCCUGUCAAUAUAAUUGGAUGAGAAAAAUCCGGAUUGGUUGACUUUCCAGAGCGGAAGGCUUGCUGAAGGAAGCUUUAGAAAGAUGUUGCAGAAAAGCUAAGACGUAGAAAAAAUGUGCUGCUUGGUAACUUGAAGGGGUCCCGAUGGUGAAAUGAACCCAGAACCAAAUGCCCGAUUGCUCGGAGGCCCAGUAAAACCGUGGGCACAGUCCCGGUGACUUGCUCAUGUGCUGGCCGGCGCCACCGCUGCUGGUCAAUGCUGGUGGCAUGGUGGGACAUGGGUGCCAUGCAGUGGCGUGCACCCCGGGUGUUGGGCCGUCGCGUGACCGACGGAGGUAGUCAUGCUAGAACGCAGCCUUCACGUUCAUACGUGCACUUUUGUGUUGGUAUAACGUUUGUUUACAUCCAUAGAUGCUAUUGCUACGCCUGUACGUUGACAUGCGCGUCAGCAUAGUGUCAGUAGAUGUUUACCUGCAGGAUAAGUAGAAACUGUAUAAACUUUGACCACUGUUCUGUGUGUUUUGGCAGACAUAACGUAUUGCACAAUGACAGCAGGUUUUUGCAACCUGUCCAUUUAAAGUGUUUUUAUUUCACAGAGCCCCAUGUUUGCAAGUUGCGGUGUGUCACACAGAAUUAUUAUUUACAUUGUACUGCUUGCAUUUGCACCGAGUGAACAUGAAAUAUUACCAAGAGAAAAUGUUAAUUUACCUAAAUUACUGUAUUGGUAAACAUAACAUGUAAUGCUCACAUAAAUAUUAAUAUUUGUAGGCCUUAGCAGGACCCUCGGUCGAAAAGUGACAUCAAGUAUAGUCCCUGGGUGUCUACCAGGCCAGGGUUGAGAGUUUCCUCGCUGAAAGGCCGUUCACCCACGCCUCCCACUUUACGUACCAAAUCAAACGUGAAAAGUAGAUCCUAGCACAGGUGUAUAUUUACACAGUGUGGUUUUCAGGGCUCUAUUUCUCCCCCAUUUUUAUCAUCUAUCCCCCACCUCUUCUUCAGCAUUCUCAAGGAUAUGCAAUUGAAGUCUUCCCACCACCCAGUGCUGCUGUGAUGCUGACAUUGCGUAGCUGUUCAUGCCGACACAAAUCCAUCUGCCGCAUGAGAAUCAAUUGUGAAAGUCGCGUGUGACCAUGCAGCCCGGCAGCUGCAACUGGCUGUCUGUGGGAUGCCUGCCAAAGCCAAUGAGAGGUGGCACCGCUGUUUGCUCCUGGACCACGUAGCAGAGGCAGCCUCGCCUCCCUAGCAGUCGCUAAGACGCCCCAAGGUGGCUGCUCUUGGCAUUCGCAGGAACGCGAGCCUACGCGGUCUCCACUACCAUAGUGGACUGCGCCAAAAUUAUGGAUCUGGGUUGGGACGACUCCCAGCGUGUUCACGACGCACAGCAACGCACGAAUUCUGUCGGUCGGCCAACGACAGAGCGUUGAUUCGUCCAUGCACGUCGAGUGUUGUUGUUUUGUUUUGGUGCAGCCUCAUCAGCCACUUAUCCACCCAGGUGUGAGUGGAGCAGGGAUGUCACGCAGUGGUCCCUAACCCAUGCGAUUGUUACAGGCCACAUCGGUCUGCAGGGUCCAGCUGCAGGAGGCAGAUCCUCUCUAUAAAGCAUCGAAAACUAUUAGGAUAGGGGCCGUCCAUAAAUGACGUCAUGUAUCUGGAGGGGGGGGGGGAGGAGUCAGACAUUUGUGACGAUUUGUGACGAGGGGGGAGGGGUUUGAGAAAUGUGACGUCACAUCAAAAUGCGCAACUUUAAAACACAUUCCUCCUGCGGAGGGAGCUGGUAGGAACGUUGGGUUGCUCGGUCAAUGGCCAGGGUCAACGGCGGCGUGGUGUAUUCCACAAAUAUGCCCGACUGUGAAGGCGGGCACAAGCCGGCGUGAGUAGGUUAAACGUUGAGUUUUAUAAGGGCACCACGGGGUGACCAGCCCCUCCCCACCCAGCCUCACCCCCAACCCAGCCCCUCCCCACCUUCCCCCUCUCUGCACGACGGACGGACACAAUAAUCCCCUGUGGGCUGGUGUAACCAGAGGUUCCUACCAGUAUAAAUAUCGUCACACAUCGUCACAAUGUCUGACCCCCCCCCCCCCCAGGUGCGUGACGUAAUUUAUGGACGGUCCCGAAUGAUAUCGGUCAAUUACAUUUAUAUAUACCGACGUGUCAACAGCUUUAUCUGCUGAAUGCGUAAAGGUACUAAAUACAAUAUUUCCCAGUCCUGUUCUUGACCAAUGCAAACCAUCAGGACAACUGUGCAAAUACAAUGACACAGCCAGUCGUGAUUGCGUCAUGUCCAGGGCAGUAUCGAGGAGAUUGCAGUCAAGACCUCCCAGCAGUUGAAUGAUUUUGGCUUUUUUUUUUAAAGAAAAUGACUUUCCUUUUAAAUGUGAACUUUGGAAUUUAUGAAGUGCAAAAAGUGAUAACCACCAUCUACUCAUUUGACAUUAAAAUGGUGAUGGAAAAAAUGUAUAAGCAUCGGUGUGGGUUUGCUAUUUUACACCUUAAGGAAUAGUUUACACAAAAUAUCGAGUUGUUCUCUGCUCCAACAACCAGGACCCCAAUCUCUGAAGAGUCGCAGUCUCCUGUGGCUCCCGUAAUGUUGACCUCCCACCCCUGUAUUCUUGGUUCUUUCGGUAAAGUAACGUAGAAGGGAAGUAAUACAAAUAAAACAUAAAGUUCUCACGACGUUCAAGCCACAACGCAAGCAGCCGUCCUCAGG